AUCCACCAAGUAUAAUGACAAACACCUUUUGAGAGUGAGAGAGAGAGAGAGAGAGAGGGGUCUGGAUUGUUACAAAUUCCAUAUUCCUUUGAAUGCCCCAAAGGACAACAAAACAGUGAGGACAAGAACAACCACUUGAUUUGUCACCUACGCAGCCAUGGAAAAGUCCUUCAAGACAAGCGCUUUAAUUCUAAUUGACCCAAUAUGCAACCAAACCCUAGAACCUGAGAAACCCUGGGUAGUUCUGAAACCACUUUGAUGGUUUAGGUAGGAGAAUUGGCUUGAGCAAGCUUGGCAACUUCAUAGGGCUUUUUCUGAGUUUUUGAUCAAUUGCAUAACCCAGUUUCUGAAUUUGAAUUUAAAGAUGACUUUGAUGGGUAAUUCAAGGAGCUGCUUCUGAACUGUCGCUGGCCUCACGUUUGGGCACUUGUUGGUCAAUCGUGCUGUUAAUGGCUGGAAUGAUUCAAGAGGAGGCAUCGUGUGUGACUUCAUCGCCCCUGCAAUUCUUCUCCCUGACGUCACUUUCACCUGCUUUAGGAUCACCAUAUCCAUGGAUCAGGGAGAUGAAAUCUGAGGAGCGAGGGUUGUGCCUAAUCCAUCUUCUUGCAGCCUGUGCUAACCAUGUUGCUGCCGGAAGUGUUGAGAAUGCCAACAUAUGCCUCGAGCAUAUUUCCCAUCUUGCCUCUUCUGAUGGUGAUACCAUGCAGAGAAUCGCUGCUUACUUCACUGAGGCACUCGCAGACCGGAUGCUUAAAGGCUGGCCUGGUUUGCAUAAGGCCCUCAAUUCCACCAAAAUAUCAUGUGUCUCCGAGGAAAUUCUAGUUCAGAGAUUGUUUUUUGAACUCUGUCCCUUUUUAAGAGUCUCGUAUGUGAUCACGAACCAGGCGAUUCUUGAAGCCAUGGAAGGGGAGAAGGUGGUUCAUAUUAUUGAUCUCAAUUCUUUUGAGCCUGCCCAGUGGAUUAAUCUUCUUCAGGCAUUACGCGCACGACCUGAAGGACCACCUCAUUUAAGAAUUACUGGUAUUCAUGAACAGAAAGAGGUAUUGGACCAAAUGGCUCAUCUGUUGAAUGAAGAAGCUGAAAAAUUGGACAUCCCAUUUCAAUUUAAUCCCAUAGUCAGCAGAUUGGAGAAUGUUGUCAUUGAAAGUUUGCGUGUCAAGACAGGAGAAGCUCUUGCCAUCAGCUCUGUACUUCAACUACAUUCUCUGUUGGCGUUUGAUGAUGAGAUUCUCCGAAAGAACUCCCCCUUGGCAUCCAAGAAUUCAAAUUCAGUUCACUUGCAGAGAAUCUUGCAAAUAAAUCCACGCACCCUAGGAGAUUUUCUCCAGAAAGAUAUGUCUAAUACAUAUAGCCCAAGCCCUGAUUCAGCAUCUUCCUCUCCAUUGGCCACUUCACCAAAGAUGGCUAGCUUUCUAAGUGCCCUUUGGGGUCUUUCGCCAAAGCUAAUGGUGGUAACCGAGCAAGAAUCAAACCAUAAUGGGUUUAGUCUGAUGGAGAGAAUAAACGAAGCACUGAACUUUUAUGCAGCACUGUUCGAUUGCUUGGAGUCUACUAUACCAAGGGCAUCAAUAGAGCGUCAAAAAAUUGAGAAGAUGAUUUUUGGAGAGGAAAUUAAGAAUAUCAUAGCGUGUGAGGGACCUGAAAGAAAGGAGAGGCAUGAGAAGCUUGAGAAGUGGAUUCCAAGGCUUGAGUUGGCUGGAUUUGGGCAUGUUCCUUUUAGCUACAUCGGUAUGUUAGAGGCGAGGAGGUUGUUGCAGAGGUAUGAUGGAUAUAAGAUGAAAGAAGAGAGUGGUUGUUUAGUCAUUUGCUGGCAUGAUCAACCCCUUUUUUCGAUUUCAGCCUGGAGAUUUAGAAGGUACAGUUGACACUGUUAUCAUGCUGCAGUUUACAGUUUCUCUUCAUUUUUUUUUCUGCUAUCUGUAUAAAGAUUGCAAGUUUCUUUGCCCCUCCUGCAAACGUGAACUGUUCUGUGGAGAGCAUUGAUGAUCUACAUAAUCUGUUCUUCAUGUUUAUUUUUUUCAUUUGUUUGCAAGUUUAUGUUUCAUUCAAUAUAAAUUGAUUAGUAGGUACAGUGCCAUUAUUUUUGAAGAUUCAUGGAUCUUGAGCUCUCUCUCU